GGAUGUAUCGUUGCAGUGCUUGUUUCUCAAUUUCUUAAAUCUUCAUCAUUAAUCGCUAUAAAAAUGCUCCGCCAUAAGUUCAUAAUCGACCGGAGAAAACCUUGAUUCCGGCGAACUGCGAACCCUAGCCCCUUCGAUCAUCGUCGUCUUCGCGGAAGAAAAAAAAUGUCGAUCUCUCCUUCAGAUUCGACCAAAAAUGUUCUCCAAAUGUCCGUCGACGGCGAUGAACCGCCGCGAGCCUACAUCGUCGAAGACUCUGCGGUUGGUGGCGCCGGCGAGAUUCCGAUCAUCGACGUCGGUGUGUUUCUGCCGUCUUCGUCGCCGGAGCCUGAGGUUUUGGACUCUGAAUUGGGGAAACUGAGAUCUGCUCUUGCCAAGGAGGGAUGCUUCCAGGCAAUAGGACACGGUGUUUCGAUCGAGCUUCUAAACAAACUACGCGACUUUGCAAAAGAGUUCUUCGAGUUGCCCGAACAAGAAAAGCUAAAGUAUUCACCGUCUGACGAGAAUAAUAAGUUCGAAGGGUAUGGAAAUGAUAUCGUGGUUUCAGAAAAGCAAGUUCUUGAUUGGAACUAUCGUCUCUUCCUUUGUGUCUUCCCGCACGCCUCGAGAAACCUGAACCUUUGGCCUCAAACUCCAAAUGCUUUUAGAGAAACCCUAAAUGAAUACGUCAAUAACGUGAAGUUCGUGAUGGACGUUAUGUAUAAAGCCAUAGCCAAGUCAUUGAACAUCGACGAAGAUAGCUUCUCGAGCCAGCUCGGGGAUCGAUCGCCGAUGAACGUGAGGGUGAAUUUCUAUCCGACAUGUUCGAGACCAGAUUUGGUUCUCGGAGUAAAGGCUCAUACAGAUGGAUCAGCCCUCACAGUUCUGUUGCAAGACAAAGAAAUGGAAGGUCUUCAAGUUCUUGUUGAUGAGAAAUGGAUAACUGUUCCCGUGCUUCCUCACGCUCUCGUCGUCAAUGUCGGUGACCAAAUGCAGAUCAUGAGCAAUGGAAUAUUGAAGAGCCCAUUGCAUAGGGCAGUGACAAACUCAGAAAAGAUGAGAAUUUCAGUGGCUUUGUUUCACAUUCCUGAGGUGGAGAGGGAGAUUGGGGCAGUGGAUGGGUUGGUGGAUGAAGAAAGGCCUAAGAAAUAUAAGAGCAUCAAGAACUAUGGAGCUAUCAACUAUGAAUGCUAUCAAAAAGGUAUUGUACCACUUGACACUCUCAAGAUCUAAACAAAUGAGACCGAUCGAUCCUGUGUUGUACACUGUAACGAUUCGACUUUCUAAAACCCUACACCGAUCUUGAUUUGUUAUCAUAUGUAUGAUUACGUUGUUUUGAAGUAGAAGAAUGAAAAUAUGCACGUUGCAAACUCGUGCAUUGUUGUUUU